AUGUCAAACAAAGUGAGUGACCAUGCCCAUGUCGAAACAGAGGACAAAGAGAAGAAAGGAAAGGAAGAAAAAGAAGAAGUGACUUUGAAAUUACCAAAACCUACAGAUGAUGCUAGAGCCAAGUGGAUUGUUCACUGCAAUCGCAAUGUCUUGAAGGACUCCAUGGUCAGUUCCGCAAGCUUCGAGGAGUGCAGCAUCAAGACGUAUGCUAUGCGACCAGCGCUGGAAUGGGCGCUCAUCAAUUUGCACGGAGAUUCAUCUUUGGAAGAUAUGUUUAUGCUCCUCUACAGGCUCUUCACCGGCCAUACAAAAUUGAAGCUUGGACCUCCUGGAACUGCAGAGGAGGACACCCGACGCUGGGCUCACACCUUUGCCACUUUGGUGGCCUACCUGAAGCCAGAGACCAUGGAGCAUGGUUUCCUGGCAAGUUUCAUCAACGUUUUCGCCCACAACUUCGACGAACUUUGGACGAGCGAUGGACAAUCCGCCCUACCAAAGCCACCCGGAAACGAGCUUGGAAGGAGCCAAUCCCGGGAACUGGUGCAUGAACGCUUCCUGACUGAGCUUCGGAGUUGGAUCUUGGACCACAAGGAACGCCUUGUUUGGCCUUCUGGGGGUGAUGAGGACUGGAGCGAAGUUGGGGCGAUAUCAAGGAUUCGACAAAGUAAAGGGUUGGAAGGAAAACUGGACAACCAUCUCAUGCGAUCUACUUGUACCGCAGUUUCCUUUUGGCUCAUUGAAGAAUGGAGAGGUUAUGAGAGGAUAGUGCAGCAUCCGAAGAUGAGAUUAACGACCGAGAACAAGUUUUAUUGA